AUGGGCGACGCUGCCGGCUCCGAAACCGUCCAACAACUGCAGAUACCACUGAUCGACAUCUCAGCAUACUUAUCCGGCAAAGACGCGUCGGCGAUCCACGAAAUCGUGGAAUCCCUGCGAUCCGCAUGCCAGUCGCCAGGCUUUUUCCAGAUCACAGGGCACAAUGUCUCUCGUACUCUGCGUGAAGCAUUUCUGAGCGAGAUCGCGGACUUCUUCGCGCUGCCGAGUGACCAGAAAAAGGGCUUGCACAGAGGGAAUUCCCAUUGCCUGCGCGGAUAUGAAAGUGUCGGCGAGCAGAUGCUCGAAGGCGGGUUCGCAGACCAGAAGGAAGGGUUCAUGGUUGGGCUGGAACUGCCCGGAGCGACGCGGUUCCUUCAGGGACCGAACCAGUGGCCCCCCGGGAGCGAACUGCCUCACUUUCGGGAGUCCUUCAUGGAAUACUUCAACCAGAUGCAUGAGUUGAGUAAGGAUAUGUUUCGCCUCAUGGCGCUCAGCCUGAGCCUCGAGGAGACGUACUUUGACGAGUUUGUGAGCAGCGAAAAUUCUAUUCCAAUGUGCAGAGCACAUCGUUAUCCCCCUGCCACGGCAGAGACUGCUCGAAACUCGAGAGGGAUCGGUGCCCACACGGAUUUUGGGGCGCUUACGCUGCUGAUGCAAGACUCGAUCGGCGGCCUCGAAGUAUUCCACAAGCCCAGCGGCACAUGGCAUCCCGUAGUACCCGUCGACGACGCGUUUGUCGUCAACAUAGGCGACAUGAUGGAGAGAUGGACAAAUGAGAUGUACACCUCGACAUUGCACCGGGUGAUCACGCCAGUCUCGAAUCGAUACCGGUAUUCCGUUGCGUUCUUCAAUGAAGGGCUCUUGGACCAGGUCAUCGAAUGUAUUCCGACUUGCCUUGGACCAGGUGAGCAGCCGAAAUAUAGGCCGAUUCGGGCGGAAGAUCAUCUGAAGGAGCGGUACGGCAAUAGCUACUGA